ACUCUAUUCGCUUGUUGUGGCUUUCUUUCUCUCUCUAUAUCUGGGAAGAGAAUCAAUCAAGCGAUCCAGACUCCAGAGUGAGAGAGACAAACAGAGAAGAGGGCGAACAGAGAUUCAGAAGAGAGAGAGAGAGAAAGGGGUUGAGCUAUCUCUGAGACAACAAUGGCAGUUUCCCCGAGGUGGUUUUCGCUGUGUUUUGUGCUUCUGUUGUUGCUCGUUGGCGUAAUGGCGGGAGUAGCGAAGGAGCAGGUUUCGGAUUCGAGGAUUGAAGGCACGCAGCAGCUGCAGAGCUCGAAGAACUCAUCAAAGGCGGACAGGUUGGAGCAGGCUGAACACGCAGUCGACAAUCCAGAGGAGGUAGCUGCUAUGGUGGAUAUGAGCAUACGUAACAGCACAGCAAGGAGGAACUUAGGCUUCCUGUCGUGUGGCACGGGCAAUCCCAUCGAUGACUGCUGGCGUUGCGACCCAAUGUGGCACCUUAGACGAAAGCGCCUUGCCGACUGUGGUAUUGGCUUUGGACGCAAUGCUAUCGGUGGUCGUGAUGGCCGCUUCUAUGUAGUCACUGACCCUGGUGAUGAUGACCCCGUCAACCCUCGCCCUGGCACUCUCCGUCAUGCUGUCAUCCAGGACGAGCCCCUUUGGAUCGUCUUCAAGCGUGACAUGGUUAUCACUCUUAAGCAGGAGCUCAUCAUGAACAGCUUCAAAACCAUCGAUGGCCGUGGUGUCAAUGUCCACAUCGCCAAUGGGGCAUGCAUCACCAUCCAGUUCAUCACCAAUGUCAUCAUCCAUGGCAUCCACAUCCACGACUGCAAGCCCACCGGAAAUGCCAUGGUCCGGAGUUCCCCAUCUCACUACGGGUGGAGGACAAUGGCCGACGGCGAUGCCGUCUCCAUAUUCGGAUCCAGCCACAUCUGGGUUGACCACAAUUCUCUUUCCAACUGCGCGGAUGGCCUUGUUGAUGCUAUCAUGGGCUCGACUGCCAUCACUAUUUCCAACAACUACUUCACCCACCACAAUGAGGUGAUGCUUUUAGGUCAUAGUGAUUCUUACACGAGAGACAAAAUGAUGCAAGUCACCAUCGCUUACAACCAUUUUGGAGAAGGCCUCAUUCAGAGGAUGCCUAGGUGUAGACAUGGGUACUUCCAUGUUGUGAACAAUGACUACACUCAUUGGGAAAUGUAUGCCAUUGGAGGAAGUGCAAAUCCCACCAUCAACAGCCAGGGAAACCGAUACCUUGCCCCGACCAACCCUUUUGCCAAGGAGGUGACAAAGAGGGUGAGUACAGACUCCGGAGUUUGGAAAAACUGGAACUGGAGAUCCGAGGGAGACUUGCUUCUGAAUGGAGCCUACUUCACCCCAUCCGGAGCUGGAGCCUCCGCCAGUUAUUCUAGGGCUUCAAGCCUGGGCGCAAAGUCCUCUUCCAUGGUGGCUUCCAUUACUUCCGGUGCUGGUGCUCUGUCCUGCCGCAAGGGUUCCCGAUGCUAGCAUCAAUCAAUUUGAAUGUCAAAAAAAUCAAAAAAAGGGAAAAUAAAAAAAAAAGAAAAUAGUCAAAUUUCUUUUUUUUUUGUUUUUUUGUUUUAAUUAUGAUAGCAUCCUACAUUGUACUACCCUUUAAUUCUGGUCCCUCUCCUUGUCUGUAUCUUUUCCUACAUGGCAAGUGUACAUUUUUUUUACACAUGUCAUUAUGUUGUAUUGUUACACCGAUAUCAAUUAUUCCUUGUUAUUCCACUUUGUCUGUUGUGCCCCCUUUGUUCAACCUCGGCUUGCUUCAACUGAGGAGAAAAUUUCCAACCUUGGAGCGGGUGCGGAAGAGUUGUUCAAUUCUCCCUCUAUUUCUCAUUCUUAUCUUCCUAUCUCUCUGUCGCCACUCUCCUCCGUUCAAUCCGUCCUCUCGGUCCCUUCUCCCAUCUCUCAGUUUCAACGUCCUGUCACUCUGUCUCUAUGUGGUGUCUCUUCUUCUGAUUUUGUGAUUCUUUUCUUAAAAAAAAAAAAAAACAUACAAGCAUAUUAUUUAUGUUUGAUCGAGUAUUGGAAACUUUGUUACAGAUAAUGCAGAGCAGCAAAUAUUCUCUACUUUUGUACCAA